AUGAUCCAAUUUUUCCUUAGAAUCACACUCAGCAAUGUUGGUGAGAAGUAUCUGGCUCAGAAUUAUGAAAUUCCAAACUUGGCCAAAAAGCUUGAAGAUAUUCAAAAAUAUGUGAAUGUCAAGAAGAAAAUCCCUAACCCUUAG